AGCACGACUACGUUAGUGCGUUUCCUACAUAGUUCGUAUUUUGACACUAUCAAGUCGACGACGUCGUUCCUCUUUUGCUAUAGUGUUCAUAGUGUGAUUAUAGGUCAAAUUUUGUUGAUCUCAUGUCAUAAUACAUCGUACUUAUUCUGAUUUAAUUAUUGUGUAUAGUGAAAGAUGAGGCUAUUGCUUGUGGCACUCCACAUUGCGCUUGUUGGGACCAAUUUGUGGGUCACAGCACAUUUCCAAGAGGAAUUACCUGAGGACAACGAAUUUGCGGAGUUUGAAGACUUUGAGGAAGAAAAGCCAAGUGUUGCAGUCCCUGAUGACUUGGUGGAGCAAUUUGGUGAGACUGAAUUAAAUGAGGAGUUUGACGAAGAUGAUGUCUUAGUUGAAGAUGGGGAUAGCGAGUUCGACCAUUUCCAAGAUGAAGAAGAAUUUGAAGGAUUAGAUGCCACAAGAGUUAUUCCAGAAUCCGAUGAACCGUCCACAUUGACUAUCACAAAAGUUCCUCUUCAUCUCCGUGCAAGAUGGGACAGCUUUUACUUGGAAAUCCUUAUGGUUACCGGGCUGCUCGUUUAUUUCGUAAAUUAUAUAGCUGGGCGUUCUAAAAAUUGUAGAAUUGCUGAAUCAUGGUUAAAUGACCAUAAACAAUUACUGUUAGAUAAUUUUUCACUCGUCGGUGACACUGGAAAACUCAAUGAUGAAAUUUCAGAGAGUGGACUGGUUAAAGAGAGUGAAUCUCAGUACAGUUUGUACUGUUCUGGUAGAGUAGGAUGUGAAUCCAUGUUAAUAGAGUUGAAAUUAAUCAAGAGACAAGACUUGGUCGCAGUACUAGCACAGUUAGUCAGACCACAAAAUGAUCAAGUACACUUUGGAAUUGAGCUGCCGAAAGAUGAGGUAGACACGUUUGUUCUUGCCAUAGCAGCAAAGAGAACUGCUGCACAUCUAGUGAGAGAUAUGGCCGAUGUAUGUGUGUAUUGUCCUGAGAAACGUCCUGGUGAGAAAUUUGGUCUUCCAGUUGGCUUCUACGUAAUGUCUGAAAUUGCUGAAUCUGCCUCAGCUAUUUUAGACACCAGAGUACUACAAGCAUUCACAAAAUACGCCCCUUACAUUGAUUACAUUCACAUCAGCGAUCAAUUUAGUGGACCAAAACAACAAGAAGAUGCAACACAACUCAAUAUGCCUGAAGUAAAAAGGAUUCUACUAGUCGGUCUGAAUAUCAGCAUCAAAGGUCGAACAUCAGCUUCUGAAACCCAAGAGCACAUGCGACCUUUACUUCAGUUGACAUUCUAUCUCUUAGAUAAAUUACGUCGGUUCAAACUUUCAAAGGAGGGUAAAAAUAAGGCUGAUAAAAAUCGUCUCCGAGUAGAAGAAGCCUUCUUAAAGACAACACACGCGGCUCGAGCGGAAGCAGCAGCGCAGCGUCGAGAGGAUCGAAGGCGAGCAGAGAAGGAAAGAAUUUUACAGGAGGAAGAUCCUGAUAAGCAAAGAAAAUGGGAAGAAAAGGAACAACGAAGACUUGCCAAAAAACGUGCCCCAAGAAUGAAACAACUCAAGGUUAAGGCAUUGUGAUGUGGUUUAGCCGAUUUGAUUUACUCAAUCCCCAAGACUAUAUAAUGCACGAACUAUUCGAUACCUCAAGAAAACAUUAUAAUUCGAUAUUGCUCAGUUCAUGCCAUGCGUAAAAAAAAUCCCAAGAUCGUCUGAGGUUGAGUUGAACUGAACUACAGGCAUCGCCACUUCCUGGUCAGAUUCUACUAUCUGAAUCAAAGCAGACGUGAAGCGAGUUUGUACUAUUACAGGUAUUAAAUUCACGGACACCUUAAA